AGAGAAUGGUGCGUAGUGAGGGGGGCCUCAUUAUAUCCUUCCAGGACAAUGGGUGGCCCGUGCUUACCAUACUGAGGUGGCCACUCAAGUGGCUGUUCAAACAUUUAAAGCGCAUCCUACUAAAUACAGAAGGUCUCUGUAAGACAGAUGAGCCCAGAGCUUCUGUGGCUGAAAUGGGAGUGAGGGGCUGAGAUCCCUCCCAACCCCCUUCUCACUAAAUCAGCUCUGACAAGCACAGGAUAAAAACCUUUGACCUGGACGAUUCCAGGUAUCCGGGCUGCUUUUGUCAUGUUUUCACACACAUACAGUUCAUCGAGGUUUGGAACGGGGACCUACGAGAUCAUCUGCAGAUUCUUAGCUUUGGAGACAUAACUGUCGCUAGCACGGAGCCCAGGUUCACUGUGAAGUUGUCUGGCUGAGCUCCCGCAAUCCUGCCACCAGCCGGUGCUCGUGUGACCUGCUCUGUUUUUCCACUUUACUUCUUUUUAGACAUGGGCUUGCUAAUCACCCUCCUCAACUGUGACACCCAAGAAAAGCUGAGAGAGUAAAGUUAUAUGCAGCCUUCCUGUGACCUGUUUGCAUGUACCCGGUCAAUAAAACUCAGGCAGAGUGACAGUGACAGCUGCCUUGUGGCAUUCAGAGGGAAUCGAGCAGUUUAGCAGCCUCCUGGACAAGUAUAUCAUUACAGCCCAGCUGCUCAGAGAAAAACACCUAAACGCUGGGGGACAGGCACAGCUCCUGCAGCCACCCAGGGACCUGCCUCGGAUACCUGCAAGGCCUGAUCAAGACUCUCCGGGCAGCUUUCUCCACGCUAGGACCGCCUAGUCCCAAGUUGGUUCUCACCCGGACGCAGGCUCCCUGCCUGCAACAGCCUGGCUUUUAGCAGCUGAGAGGACACAGUCCCUGCUGGGAGGUGGCAGAGGAGAGUGAAUAGAAGGGAAGGUACGAUGGGGGCCAGGCAGUCAAGGGCCAGCUCCAAGGAUAAGGGCCCCAAGAGGAUACUGUUCACGGGGAGGAGACAGAAGUUUUCCCCGUGGGACGAUGCCCUGCUCCCGGGAAGGGACCCGCGGUCUCUGCUGAAGCGAGGCAUGCACCACGUCAGCUUCAGCCUGGUCACCAGAGGAAUGACAGACAUCCCCGACUUUCUGUGGGGCUUGUCCGAGGUCCAGAAACUCAAUCUGUCUCACAACCAGCUCCGGGUUCUCCCUCCCGAGGUGGGGAAACUGACCCGGAUCGUGGUCCUGAACUUGUGCGGGAACCGCCUGAAGAGCCUGCCCAGAGAAGUGAGCCUCCUGCAAGGCCUCAGGGUCCUGUUUGUCAACAUGAACUGCCUGACCGAGGUGCCGGCCGAGCUGAGCUUGUGCCGAAAGCUGGAGGUCCUGAGCUUGUCGCACAACUGCCUGUCCCAGCUCCCUGCGUGCUUCGCUGACCUCUCCAGACUGAGGAAGCUGAACCUCAGCAACAACCUCUUCGCGCACAUCCCCAUGUGUGUGUUCUCCCUGAAGGAACUGAUUUUCUUGCACGUGGGCUCAAAUCGCCUGGAAAACAUCGCUGAGAGCAUCCAGCACCUGACCAGCCUUCAGAUCUUCAUUGCAGAGGCCAACAAUAUCCACUCCUUCCCGAGGUCGCUUUGCCUGGUCACCAGCCUGGAGCUGCUGAACCUCAACAACAACGACAUCCAGACCCUCCCGAGCGAACUCCACCUGCUGUGUAGACUGGUGAGGAUCGCCUGGAAUCCCAUGGACAAAGGGCUCCACAUUUCCCACAACCCUUUAUCCAAGCCUCUGCCGGAGCUGGUGGAGGGGGGCCUGGAGAUGCUCUUCGGCUACCUGAAGGACAAAAAACACACAUGAUGUGGGUCCUGGAGGCCUGGAUGGGAGGCAGCUCACCUGGACUCGGUCAACCGGGGUACUUCUCUCAUCUCAGCUUUCUACUCUCACCCUUAGUGUCUGGCAAUGCUUUUGUUAAUAUUUGCUAAGUCGCUGUUGAACAUCCAUGUUAAGGAGGUGUUUGCUUUUAACUCUGUAUGUUCUUAAUAACCUCUGGAUCAUCAUGUUCAUCUCAUCCUAAACAUAAAUUGAAAGGGGGUUGGUUUUCCCCAAAGAGAACUAACAGUUCUGAUUCUUCUAAGGAGCAGUGAGAUUCAGCCCUUGGGAGAGUGGACACCUAACAGGUCUGAAUUCCAUGUAAUUCAAAAGGCAAAUAUUUGCUAAGUACUGUGUGCCAAGUACAGUAUGAGGUGCUGAAACCUGGUUUCAGAUAGUUUCUACCCUUCAAUCAGCAACCUGUGGCCAGGUGGCAACGGCAAGACACAUUCCUCCAUCAGCCUCCAUGAAGCAUCACUUGGGACCAAAAGGCAAACCACAGUGGGCUCUGUCCCCAGUGACCAAAACAGGCAGAGCUUUCCCCUUAAGUUCUGGGGGACAAUCAUAGGAAUUUUUCUUUCAUGCGGCUGUAGAGGAAUAACCAAGCCACUCAUGCUAAUGUCUGGUGGUGAGUAAUGGGUAGAAGGAUGGCUUUCAGAUAAUAAAUAUGAACUGAUUUAA